CGGCGGCGCGGGCGCCAUCCCGGAAGCCUGAGCCAAGCUGCCAGAUGUGCAGGUGCCGCCGCCACCGACGCCGUGGCUGAGUUGGGGCCGUGGAGGAGGAGGAGGAAAUGGACACCCCUGACUCCGCCUCGAGGCUUUUCUGCAGCCGGAUCCUGAGCAUGGUGAACACGGAGGACGUCAACGCCAUCAUCCUGGCCCAGAAGAACAUGCUGGACCGCUUUGAGAAGACCAACGAGAUGCUGCUGAACUUCAACAACCUGUCCAGCGCCCGCCUGCAGCAGAUGAACGAGCGCUUCCUGCACCACACACGCACGCUGGUGGAGAUGAAGCGGGACCUGGACAGCAUCUUCCGCAGGAUCAGGACGCUGAAGGGGAAGCUGGCCAGGCAGCAUCCAGAGGCCUUCAGCUACAUCCCAGAGGCCUCCCUCCUGGAGGAGGAGGAUGAAGACCCCAUCCCCCCCAGCAUCACCACCACUAUCGCCACCUCGGAGCAGAGCACCGGCUCCUGCGACACCAGCCCGGACACCGUCUCACCCUCCCUCAGCCCCGGCUUCGAGGACCUGUCCCAUGUGCGGCCUGGCUCCCCUGCGGUUAAUGGCCACAGCCAGACAGAUGAGGACGAGCUGGGAGGACAGUAGCCCGUCUGGGCCCCAGACAGCUCCGGUGGCGGGGCGCUCCCUGGGUGGGGGUGGGGUGCUGCCUGGCCCUCACCAGUUCUGCCCUCGGGUCUGACAUCCAGUGCUCCCUUCUGAGGCUGUGGGCCCCUGGGAGCCCGGAUUACCCUUCUUGCCCGCUCCGAACGCCUCUCUUCUGUAGGUCUGGAGCCAGGCCUGGGCUCCAUCCCGGCUGGAGCUGGGGCCAGGCACACGGAGCCUGCAGGCUCCGAAGGCUCCAGAGGCCAGCGCGGGGCCCCUGCUCUGCCCCAAGCUGGCCCCGCAGCCCUUCGCUCCGACAGAAGCACCCAGCUUUUUCUCCAGUUGGUACCUAGCGGGUCUCCGGGGCAGGUAGAAGGUAGAUGGAGGGCAGGCAAGCUGCGUAGCCCUGCGUGAUGAGGCCUGUGCUCCGAGUAGAGGCGCAGACCCCAGUGCGGCCAGAGCCGCGGGCCUCGGGGCCACCAGGGACGGCAUUUAAGGGAGUAUUUUUGUACCCGAUGUUUACGGACGCUGGGGGGAGCUAUCAAUAAAAGGACUGUUCCUGGGAAGGG